CGCCACGGCGCCUCUCAACUCGCGGCAGACAUUUUCAAUGCAAGAUUUUUUUCUUGCAUAAAUUAUGUUCAUGACGUAGUGGCGAAAAGGGCACAUUUCUGGCGAUUCCCGCCGACUUUGUGCCUCACAUGGGAGCUUGUGAGGCGCCCGAAGGCUUUUUUUGGAGGGUGGGAGGGAUGAGCCGAAGUGUUGGCAUCGCGGCGAGGCGACGCAAGAGGCCAGAUUCCCCAAAACAUUGCAGCCCUCCUUCUUAUCAAUGCAAAUGGCUUUUGUGUGUGCAGCCACUGCGCCUGUCUGGGAGCUGAGAUGCAUUUUUAAUUAGCUGCGACUGAACCAAACUGUGACAAGGAUCUUUUAGAACCGGAGGAUAGAGGUGUUACAGCCAAGCCAUGAAGUCCCAGGACCCUGCUGUCAGAGAUGCUCCACUUGCUGUCAACGAGCAGCUGUUCACUGUCUGAGCGCAGAAGUCUUUUUUCAGCCAUUAAACCCUGCCAUUUGAAAUUCCCUGCCAGAGGCAACCAGGUCAUCGUGAUGUCUGGCCAUGAGACGAUACGUGUGCUAGAGGUUGAGGUUGAUGCGUCUCUGCCUUCAUCGGUGCAAGAAGGGAAGAGUAGUGAGGGCAAAACAGAGGAAGCAGGGGCCCGACCUGAGGGUAACCGGCCACGGGAUGCCCAUGCCGGACCCCAGAACACAGGGGGAGUCGUAGCUGGCAAACAGCAAGCGGCAUCAGUCGAGGCGCCAUCCGAUGCCGUCCAAAGCCUCAGUCCGAUUCUGCCCAUCAGCGUGUCCUUGCCUCAACCUCCCGCGGCCACUGUGCCCGUCACUGUGCAAGCUUGUCCGCAGGUUUUGUCACAAGAAAAUCUGGCCACCCUGAUGACUGGCAUGUUGGCCCAGACAGGCUCCCUGGGCCAGCCCCUGCUCAUCCCUAUCAGUAUGGCAGGCUCCAUCGGUGGCCAGGGGGGUUUGGCUGUUCUCACCCUGCCUACCACCAAUGUGGCCACUCUGUCUGGACUUGCCGCCGCCGCCGCCACCCAGCCGGCAAACCUCCUUAAGCUGCCCUUUGCUGGGCUUCAAGCUGCGACGGUUCUAAAUUCAGUUCAGCCUCCGCUACAAACCAGCACGCAGGCGGUGUUCCAGCCUCCAGCAGGUUCCAUACAGCCGGUGCAAACAGCCUUGCAGCAACCUUGCAUGGCAGGACUCGCGAUCAAUCCCGCGCUUAUCAACGCUGCAUCGCUAGGAGCGCAGACCCAGUUUCUGAGUUCCCUCACCUCCAGUCCCAUUAUCACCAAUGCCAUGUCCAACAUGGCAGGCAUCACCAGUCAGAUCCUGACCACCACACAAGGACAGGUUAUAGGAACUCUUCCUUUGCUGGUGAACCCAGCCUCCCUGGCUGGGGGGGCCGCCACUUCGACCCUCCCCCUCCAGGGUCUGCAGGUCCAGACGGUCACCCCGCAGUUACUCCUGAACACCCAGGGUCAGAUUUUUGCCGCGGUUGGGAACGGAGCCGCCGCGGUAGCAGCUUCUGCUGCUGUUCUUCCCAAACCCGCUGUCACACCCACACCUUCCAAACCAACCACCCAAGCACCGGCAACAGCUGCCACCCAAUUGCCAGUUGUCAUAGCCCCACAGCCGUCGAUACUCAAGAGCACCACCUCGCCAUCCUCAUCGCUCCCCAUCACCUGUGGCGAUAUAGCAAAAGUGGGCCAGCUUGUCAGCAAGACUCAUCAGCCCGCCAGCAGUGAGGAGGGCAUCAAUCUGGAAGAAAUACGAGAGUUUGCCAAGAAUUUCAAAAUCCGUCGGCUCUCGUUGGGACUGACACAGACUCAAGUGGGACAGGCUCUGACUGCUACAGAGGGCCCGGCCUACAGCCAAUCUGCCAUUUGCAGAUUUGAAAAGCUGGACAUCACCCCGAAGAGUGCUCAGAAGUUGAAGCCAGUGUUGGAGAAGUGGCUUGCCGAGGCCGAGCACUGGAACCAGAAGGGCCAGCAGAACCUGAUGGAAUUUGUCGGCGGCGAGCCGUCGAAGAAACGCAAGCGGCGCACCAGUUUUACGCCUCAAGCAAUCGAAGUCCUCAACUCCUACUUCGAGAAGAACUCACUGCCGACAGGCCAGGAGAUCACGGAAAUCGCAAAGGAGCUGAAUUACGACCGAGAGGUGGUGCGGGUUUGGUUCUGCAACCGGCGACAGACGCUGAAAAACACGAGCAAGAUUAACAUUUUCCAGGUCCAGUAGAAAAUGGAAUCUUGCAAAUUUGGCUGUAAAUAUUAGAACAUGAAGUUACAUAUAAUCUAAGGCUCAGUGCAAAUAGAGUACUAAAGCGAGUCUUUGGGUUCUAAGGCUGAGUGUAUGUGUGCAUGGUCCUCCUAUUCAUGAUAACACACAGGUAAGUCACAUAAAUGUGUUUAGUGGCAUUAUUGUUCAUAUUUGAGUACAGUGGAACCUCAGACGUGGAAGAUAGCAAUGUUCUUUUUAGGAAAACCACCUGCAAGAGUUGCACAAAGUAUCAGUCGGAAUGCGAGAUGACUGCGAAGAACCCUGGGGUCAGCUUGUAACAAGAGAAGAGCUGUGGGGUGUAUUUAGCUUUUUCUUUGACUGUUUUUGGUCAUUUUGAGAUCAGACUCCACUGACAACACCACAUUUGACAUCACUUGGUGUCAAAAGUAGGACUGUUGUUUUACAGUGACAAAAUUAUUUUACACUUGUAUAACAGUUAAGAGUGUUAAACAGUUCCUUUGCCGAUGCCAUUGAGAAUGGUAUUUUUAUGGUGACAGUUUAACCAUGGCAU